UCUUUGCAAUGUUUUGGAAAAGCGCGCGAAGAGAAUUUGCGAAAUACAAGUGUUUGUGAGUGUGUUUGUUGAAUGUUAUAAAGUAACUGAACUGUCUAAUCCUGCCAAAGCUAUGAAUAAGGAAACAUAUUUCUUUGAUAAGACGAAAGAAGAUCGAUUGCGAGAAUUCCAGAAUAUUUUAUGUUUGACAGAGAAACCAAUUCCUGCCUCGGAAAUUAAAAACGAAUGGGUUUUCUUUCUACAAGAAGUUAUCGAGCCAACGGGCUGGAAUGCCGUAUGGUACGUUUCUCGGGAGGAGUGUGAAGAGCUAGCCAUUCAUUUUCCUACUGUUUUUUUGGUUGCGGUUGAAAAUGUUGACUUCAAAAAUUUAUCUGCACGUGUGGAAAUAAUUGCUGUGAAGGAAGAAGCGGUGAUAGCUAAGAAGCAUAUGGCUGGUUUAAGGCAGCUUUAUCCGACAAUAACUCAAGAUGAGAUGAUUGCAAUGAAUUUAGAACGAACUGUGGAUUAUCUCGAGCAGUUCAGGUUCUUCUUUGAUUAUGUGUGGAUGCCUUGGGAUGAGGACAGUAAUGAGCAAGACUGGCCGUCGUCUCAUCUGGAGUCCCGACUGGACAUGUACUACGACCUGGUGGCGGACGGGCUGCGCUCCACGGCGGUGUACGUGCGGGCGCUGCUGCAGGAAGGCAAGGACGUCCACCGCAGGAUCCGGUCCCUGGAGGAGUCCCUGGGGGAGGACGGGGCGGCGGAGGAGGAGGCGGACCAGGACCACGGCCGGGUGCAGGCCCUGGUGGAGCUGCACCUGAGGCAGGAGCAGACCAAGGGCGAGGUGGAGCGGCUCGAGAGCCCCGUCCUCAGGACUUUCAUUAUCAAGAAGCAGCAAAAGCAGAUACACGCAGGUGAAGUGUUGUGUGUCUGCGAGGUCGCCACAGCUGACGAGAUAGUCGGGCAGAUCGCCGUUGUGAAGUCUCUCAUCAAGCCAUCAACACCCAUCAAGAUGCUACCAUCCCUGCAGGAAGCCCUCAACCAUGUUACUUGUGGUCAGCAGAUAUUCUUGUUCCCAGGGAUUCAUCACAUUAAGUCUGACAAUGUGGAGGCUGCUCUCAUAAAAGGCCUGGGCGGGCGCGGGGCGACCACUCUCGCGUCGCUGAGCAGCAGCAGCUGCCUGCUGCGGGCGUUGUCCCGGGAGGUGUCCCUGGAAGGCCUCACCCUGGACGCGGGCGCGGUGCAGAUGGCGCUGGCCGUGAGCGCCGGCUCUCUCCGGCUGCGCGACUGCCGCGUGGUGGGCGCGGGCCCCGACGGCAGCGGGGAGGGAGUCGUGGUGCUGGAGGGGGGCUGCCUGCGGGCCUCGCUGUGCGAGUUCGUCUCCUUCGGCACGGCCAUCUCCGCCAGAGCCGGCGCCACCGUCUGUCUCGAGGCGUGCUCCAUCAGCGACUGUCACGUGGGCAUCUUGAUGAGUGAAAAUGCAAAUGUGAUGCUAGAGAAAACAUCUGUAGGCGGCUGUAAAGACUGUGGCAUCAAGAUUGAAACAACUAAAUUGAACGAGGGUGCUACAUCUCAAUAUGGGACUCAAAGUCUUCUAGAGAGCUUCAGCACGGUGAAGCUCGAGGAGUGCGUGAUCUCCGAUUGCACCCGGGGAGACGUGCAGCUGUACCAGCAGCCUCCGUGCAUGCUGUACGACUCCUUGGACUCCGGCUGCAGCUUCACCGAGCUAUAGGCAGCGGGCCGCUCCCGCUGCCCUCCCAGUGCGCUCUGCAGCUGAACGGCUGAACAAACAUGUGCCAUCCAGAAGACAUUGAUUGCGCCUUUUGGACUCAUUCCAGUCUCUCUGUGGCUAAGUAUUCAUGUUUUAUGCAAAGUGUAUGAAGCUUAGAAUACUUUAUUGUGGAAUGAUAUUCAAAUCUUAGUGAUAUAGUGGGAAAAAAUAUAUUUAUUUUGUUAUAUUAAAAAAAAAACUAAUUUUAGAAUGGAUCAUUUUUGUCAGUUGCAAUUAUUAUUAUUAACAAUAACAUAUUAAAAAAUUUUUCUUAAAUCAGAGCAUUUUAUAUUAUAUAUUGUAUUUGUGUAAUAAUUUUUAAUAAAAAUAACAUUCUGUUCCUUUGAUGUUGCGAUCGCGGGGUUCGUAGAGGAUAGCCCAAUUAAAGAUUUUAUUACACUACACAGUUUUAUUGAUGGCCACUAUUUACAUUACUAGCAAAUAAUCUAAAAAUGCCAAUUAAUCAAUUGUACUUAAAAAUGUUGCUUCCUCAGUCACUCGUUUUUACACACUGCACACCUCGCUGGGCCGCACCUCUUGUGCAACUCUCGCCGCAGCACCCCUCGUGGGUCUCCGUCGCUGCACUCCUCCGCCGCCGUCGCACUUCCCCUUCACCGAGAUCCCACUCAACACCUCGCUCGGAACUUCACUUGGAUCUCCGCCGCGCCCGCGACACUAACGCCCGGAAACUCCGCCGCGGGAAAACUCACGACUCCACUCUCUCUCUGAACUCUCUACUCUUAAGGCCGCCGUCCUCGUUUUAUAUAUCAGCCGCAAUUUCCAGAACUCACGUGCACGGCCGGGGCCAGUCGCGUCAUUCCGCGCCGACACGAAGGCAGAAAUCUCUCGAAACACAUGUCGGCGGCUCGCGUAACUCCUCAGCUGUCCGGUGUCAGUUACGUGUCAAAGGCAGGGCGCCGUGCGGGGAGUGGGGUGAAGGAGGGGGGAAAGCGACAAUCCUGUUAUCUUGCAGGCGCGCACGGUACAUCUCAUGUUGCGGCAGCCGCAGCCAGCUCUGCACCUGCACGUGUCCCGGCCUUGCUCACGUUCGUAACAAUAUAAUAUUUCUUUCUUCUUUUAGUUUGGUUUAAACAACACCUCUGGUGUUAAUUUCUUGGGCUUUUCAAGCCAAGCUUUAUAACUGGUUGUUUACAUUGGUUUACAACAUAGUGAACUGUUCUGUGUAUUGAAACUAACUAAAACACUAAUUUCCCAAUUUACUCUCUAAAAUCAAGAAAAUUUACAAAUUAUUACUACUGAUGGCAAAAAUUUAGUCGCCCAUUAAACCUUUUCCUCAUCGUAAGUAACCACAACAAAUUUAUGUUAAGGCCGUGUUUUAAAUUUAAAAAAAAAUUAACAAAAUGAUUGCAAAAUCAACAAAUCACGUUCUCUUUAGCAGCGAAAUAAAAUUACUGUAGCAUCUUAAAGUCCUCCAAUUAAUUGUAAAUAAGUAUUCUGUAUUGUUUUGCUGACAAACUGAUGACAGCAACAAUAUUUUGAACCACACGGUUGACCACUUACUUAUGUAAACCAAAUUUGUUGUGGAAGAAAUCUCGUGUUAGUGAUAUUAGUGAUGCAUCUUCUCUAAUUGAAAUGCUUUGAUGCCUCUGAAUCCUUGGUGUGCCGUUGCUCUAGGUUGGGGUUGCCAGAACUGAUUCUGUCUGUAUUUCUUCCCAGCAAAAGUCAUAUGCCACCUUGAUUCAGAAAAUUUACCAGCAUAGCUGUGAACAAAGACUGAGCUUCACAUUUUAAAAUAAACUGUAAUUUUCUCAGUCGGUGUGGUAUUGUAAAUGUGUAUAAAUUUUAAGAUGCUGUGAUUUGCUAAUUUAUUUAAAAUAUAAUUUUGGACAUAUGCCAUUGUUAGUUAUACUGUGUUUCAUGGGAAAACAUGAAGAAUAAACAAAGGAUGAAUACACAAACACAUACAAAAACAAACUAAAAUCAGCUGAUGUCAAAUGUGCAUAAACAGCUCAAGAGGAUUCCGUGGAAGGAGUUGGAACAAAAUCACAGUUUAGACAGACCCAGUGGGCUGAUGACGAGACAGUUGUGACAAUGAAACAGUAAAUACAGACAAACAGCACUCGUGGUCAGUACAGUGACAAAUACAUAGAGGAACCCAACGAUGAUUCUAAACAGAUAGCCUGAACAACACGAAAAAACAAAUGAACAAAGUAGGCUUCUUAAGACCCAACAGUUGCAUUGUAGUCAGCCCACUGGGUUCGUCUGUGCUGUCUAUGCUUUUGACAUUUGACACCGGCUGAUUUUGGCUUGUGUUUUUGUGUUUUCAUACUUUGUCCAUUCUUCGGGUUUUCUCGUUUUCUCUGUGAUAUACAGUGUAAAAUUGUGAUGGUGUAUGUUCAAAAUAAUGUUUUAAAUAUCUUCCCCAUUGCAAGAAUCAAAGAAAUUAAUCUGCGAAAUAAAAAAAAAACUGUACUUUUUAUAGCAUUUGUUAAGAAAUUUAUGUUACAACUAAAAUCUUAAUCAGUACAUUUUUACUUAUAUAAGAACACUUCAAUGAAGUUUUUAUGUGUGCUGUUUUGUUAGUACCUAGGUAUGUUAAAAUUCUUUCUUACAUGCAGAGAAUAAAGUACGUAUUAACUAAAUCUAAACUCAUUGUAAAUAAAUGUUUUUAAUUCACAAAACAUAUCCCUUACUGCUUUGUAAACAGAAAAGUAAGUAUAAAACUGAUUACGUGGUGAAAAAUUAGAAUAUUGUUUGUCAAACAUUUACGAUAUAUACUUUUUCUGGGUAUGCAAAUAGUUGGCAGUUGUUCACUUUCAAGAAUUAUGGCAUUUCUUUCAAUCAAAUAUGCAGCCCGUCACUCAAGUCAUCACUGUCUCCGUCCCGGGGUGCAAUGGUACAGUCACGCAGAGUGGAUCCGUCUGCUCAAGUCAUCACUGGCUCCGUCCCGGGGUGCAAUGGUACAGUCGCGCAGAGUGGAU